GCCAUGAAGCUACAGGGCUUCGCCAAGUAUCUGAAGUCCGAGAAGGUGACUGCCAUCCACACCGCUGUGACCAACCUAAACACUUUCCAGUUCCCGAUGUGCCUUGUUGAGCUGAAGGACUUCCUGUCUAUGGGCCAGCUCGUUUGCCACGAAGCUGCACGAGCUACUGGACAACUUAGAUGCUUUGACCGCCCGGAAGAGGUGGUGGACUUGUCUUUGCUGUCUGGCAUUGUCUUCAUCAGCCAUCAGUGGGCUGGCUUUGAUCACCCUGAUCCUGAAGGUGAACAUUACCAGGCUAUAUUGGUCGCCAUCAGGGGAAUGAGUGAGAGGGGCUUGAAGUGUGGCUACAUCUGGGUCGACUACACAUCGAUUCCUCAGGCAAACGCUUUCCAGCAGCAGGCAGCUAUCAACUCUUUAGCCGUAUACGCCUCCUUAUGCUCUGCCCUUGUGUCUGUGGCUCCAAACUGCAAGCAUGCAGACACUGGCGCAGACCUAAAUGUGCAAACCUACUGCGCCCGUGGGUGGUGCCGCCUGGAACUACUGAGCUUCAAGACCGGCACCUGCAAAGCGGAAGAUGAUGAGAGGGCAGCCUACCUCUGCGAUGGACUUAGCUUCAAGAGUAUUCAGGAAUCUGAUGUCGCCCUGGAAGAUGACUUAGUCCUGCAUGUGCUGGGAGGAUCCUUCACAUGUUGUUCUCGAUGCCACCCGGGUGGCGUCCAGUGCGACCGCCAGAAGACCAGGGACGUCCUGCUGGGCAUCUACUGGCGGCUUCUGGCCAUGAGGAGGGAUGGAGACAUGCAGUAUGUGAUUGAAGCAGACCGCAUUCUGCAGCUGGUGCAGAUGGAAGUAGAGAAAUAUUUUCCCGCAUACACCUGGUAUCGCAGUGCAGGCCACGAGGAGAUGCAAGAGCUGUUUGACGGAUACCUGCCGCUGUUGCACAAAAU